CGCGAGCGAAUGCACGUAUAGAAGAUUUUCGUACGUCCGUAUUUUUCCCGUUCGAUGUCACCGCGUAGAAAGUUUUCGACGUCGUGUGCGAUGUUGGUGUGGAAGAACGUAAACAUAAAAAAGCGGUCGACUUGAACAAGCUGUUUAUACGCCGGCUAAAGUUGGUCGUUCAAAUAAUCGGCAUUUCCGUUUUUCCCAUUGAUUUGUGCCUGCGGAAUCGUGAAUGUCUUGCUUGCGAAGGAGUGGAAGGUCUAGAAGAAGCGGCUCAAUAGCCCGGGAAUUGUUGGUGUGAUGAACAGAGAAGAAAGAAGGUAUCGGAAAAAAGCAGGCCGAUAACGAAUGAUGAAGAGGAAUGAAACGUGCUGAGCGGGUAAACGUGCACACGAAGAGAAUGGAGAAUGAUAAUAAAAAUUUAUAGUGGUAACUAAUAAGAAUAAGAAUAUAUGUACGUACAAAGGAAGGUGAGCAAAUGCAUAAGAAGUUCUGAUGGAAAGAAAAUUUUCUUUGUGUGAUUCGAUUGCUGUUGAAGUUGGUGAAUCAAGAGUCUGCUGAAGUUCUGCUGGAGUUUGAGUGAAGUGUUCGUAUUUUGCGCUGAGGCUCGUGUGUUGGUGUACUUUUAUAGCAGCUAGGCUACGUGGUGGAUUUGCGACAUUCCAGACAACCAACUGGAAGUGGUAACUGGCAAUCACUGCUUCUCACUGGGGGAGAGACAUCGAUGGUUUGUGCCUCUACUCUGGUCCACUUGUAGCCAAUGCAAGGGUCUAAACCGGUUACUAGUGGUAGUAGCACUAAGAUCGGUAGCUCUUCCAGUGGUGACUCACGCAGAGCUUUUUGUUUGGAUACUUGACGAUGCAACAAAUAAUGAAAGCAACACUCAUUAUCAUCUCUUUCAUCUCGAUCCACCGGGUGUGAACAUUAUUCGAGGUGUGAAACGCUGACAGAUGCCGGUUUUCGCUGUGCUUUGUAGUUCGUCACACAGAAGUGCUCCGCUUGAUGCUGAAUCGCGUUUGGUGUCGGUAAUUUAGCAGUGUGAUAUGCAGGGAAGCAAAUAGAAGCAACUAGUUUUCCAGUGAGUCAUUAAUGUGUUUCUCUAGCAAUGGCCCGGCAGCGAAAGUGAAUUGCUGCAGAAACCAAAAUAGAAAAAAAGUGCAUAAUUAUACGGAAGCAAUAAACGCAAACAUCCGCUACUGCGCUGACUGACCGCAGGGAAGUGUCUACCUUUAGCAGAAGCACAUUAAACAAGAUGUGAUAACGACGACCUCAAUGAGUUAAGAAGACCGCGAUUACGGCUAGUGGAAAGAAGCGUUCGGUCUCUAACGAAAGUAAGAAAACAAAAAAAAGAAAAUAGUUCAUGAAUUUCGAUCCCCUGUCGAAAGUGAAUGAAUAGUGUCGAGGUAGAAUUGCUUUCCGGUUGCCGUUAAGCGUCUCUCGCAGUGCAAAACAAAAUAAUCGCAGUGUCUUCGGGGUUUGAUUCGGCGUCCCCCGUUCGAUGUGGACGACGACUUAACAGUUGGACGGAAUUUCUGCUUAUUUACUACACGAUCAAGGCCCACGGUUCGAAGAGGUGAUUUCUUCAUCUCAGUAGGAUUUGGAUUAUACGGUUCCUGAGCUGCAAACUCUGCUGGCUACGAGCAGCUUGAAGAUAUCGAUUUAUUGAGGUGAUUCGUUUACAUCGACUAUCGAGAAACCGAUUCCAUCAAGAGCAGAAGGCAGCAAACUUAUUGAACAACUAGCAUAGCGUCCGUUCGAUAGGAGAUAAGGAAGCGUUCUCUUUUCUGAGAAACGAAGGCCGUCUAGGUAGUACGAACUGGUGCCUUAUCAGUGUCUGUGUAUUAACGAGUGCCUUUGAUAUUUACUGUUACGAUGAUAGAUGAUGGUAGCUAUUCCCCGGAGUCCAUGGCAACGAUUAACCUCAAAGCAACUGUAGGUUUAAAGAUUGAAUAGAUUUAGAAGGUAUUGUUUUUUUUUUACCGGAAGGGAUUAAGCAUAUCCCUACGAAACGUGCUGCAACUAGCACCGCCGAACAGUUUUACUAAUUAGAGUAUAUAGUAGUACGUAGUUGUAAAAAUUUAGUACGUAACCGAAUACAAACAUGAUGAAUAGGUUAGCGAUAGUAGGUAUAGUGUACCUAACGGUAUCGGUGUUAACGACACACUCAGAUAACAAUUUCUUCAGAAGGACAGAUGUCAUCGACGGGAGCAGUGUAAGUCGAUUUGAUUAUAGAGAGGUGUUUAGUCUGAAUCGGUUAGGACACCGAGAACGGCGAAGUUUAUACGACGACACCUAUGAGACUGAUACGAAUGGGUUGAACGAGUAUGGGUUCGGUUCACAAGAGGGGUCAUCUCGAUCGGUGAAAGCGAUCGACAAUCGGAAACCUUUGUUCGUUAACUGUGAGGGCUAUGCUCCGUCGGUGAAGGAGGAGCGUGACCCAGGGACCUACGUAAUACAGGUAAACGCGACCGAUCCGGAUGAACAUCAGACAAUCGCGUACAGCUUCGUAACGGCACCGGGAGAGCGGUCCAAAUUCAGGAUUGAUAAAAAUACUGGUCAGAUAACGACGAUUCAUCGGUUCGAUCGUGAUGAACCAAUUCGAGAGAAGGAAGUAUACAUUACGGUACGAGCCACGGACGACGGAUUGCCGAAUUUGGACGACGUUUGUACGUUCAAGGUUACGAUUGAAGACAUCAACGACAAUCCACCGGUGUUCGAUAAGAGCCGAUACGAUGAACCGAUCACCAAGGAUGCCAGGGUAGGAACCAAAGUAGCGACGAUUUCUGCUACCGAUCUGGACGAUGGGGAUAACAGUAUUAUCAAGUAUGAAAUUUUGAAAAAGCACAACGACUACAGCUAUUUUAGAAUUAACGAAAACAACGGCAUCGUUACGUUAGCUAAAUCCGUCGACAAGAGUCCGGGCCAGUAUUACCAGAUCUACGUGCGUGCGUAUAACAUUGUACCGGACAUGCCGCAGGACGCCGAAGUAGAGGUGAAAGUGCCGGUCAUCGAAUCUAACAAACUGCCACCGUAUUUCACGGAAGCACAACAGCAGCCAAUUUCGUUGGAUGAAAAUUUUAGCAACUACAGUGCCCCUUUGGCUACGCUACGAGCGAACUCGCACAUUAGUGGUAAACCGGAGGUUAUAUUUGAACUGAUUACGGGUCGAACCGAACAAACCAAUAGUCGCAAUACGUUUCUGCUCGAACAGAAGGAGGACACUGCCGUCAUUCUGCUCGGAAAAGCACUGGACUAUGAAACGAUCACCGAGUACACGCUGACGGUGAGUGUGAAGAACACCCACGAUCUGAUCGCACAAAGUAUAGUCAAGAUCAAGGUACUGGACGUAAACGAUAACAUCCCCUACUUCACCGAGGUGAAUUCCGGGUGGAUUCCGGAAAAUGAACCCGCCGGAACCCCCGUCAUGCAGGUCCGUGCUUUUGACAUGGACGGAACUUCGGCUCACAAUAUCGUAUCGUUUCGGUUGGCCGAUAACGAAGAGUAUUUCAACAUAGAUCACCAUACGGGAAACAUCACCGCACUGACAAUGUUCGAUCGGGAAGCCACUGACACUUACCAUCUGAAGAUUAUCGCCGAAGACAACUCUCCGUCGGCGUUGUACAACAACGGCAAACCGAACAGUAUCUCGCAAACGUUUAUCAUUAAGAUUUCCGAUAAGAACGAUCAUCCUCCUAAGUUCACCAAGGACUAUUACGUGUCGGAGAACGUUGCCGAAGAUGCCAAUAAGAACACGGUGGUUAUUGUGGUCACGGCACAGGACGUGGAUACGGCUUCGCAAAUUACGUAUUCCAUAGUUUCGGGUAAUAUCGGAAAUGCGUUCAAGAUCGACGAAACGACCGGUGCCAUCUCGGUGAACAAUGAGUUGGACUACGAAAACAUCACGGAGUACACUCUGCAAGUGCGAGCAUUUGACGGAACGUACGAUGACAAUGCUACGGUUUCGAUUAAAGUUGAAGACGUAAACGACAAUUUACCAAAGUUUGCCAAGACGGAUUAUGUGCUGGAAAUCGAGGAGGAGAAGGUAAUGGAAGGUUGUAUCGAGAUGAUCGAAGCGUGGGAUCCGGACAUCAAGGAUCGAUCGGCACCGCAGCACAUCAAAUUUGCCAUAGUAAAAGUGGAACAACGUCCACUGCUGGAGAUCGACGAUACCGGUUGUCUACGCCAGAAAGCUCCCCUGGACCGUGAUCCACCGAAUGGACACAAGGCGUGGCAGGUGAUUAUCUCGGCCACAGACGAGGAUGGAAGUGGGCGUCAGUCGACGACUACGGUUAACAUUAAACUGAAUGAUACCAACGACAAUCCACCAUUUUUGACGAACAAAAUGCCGGUGGUGUGGUACGAGAAUCAGGAACCGGGUAGAAUCGUAACACUGACGGCAGAUGAUUACGAUGAGCCCCAGAAUGGACCACCGUUUCGGUAUGAGAUUCCGGAUAGUGCUAGUGACGGUAUUCGUUCGAUGUUCCGGAUCGAUUCGGAUGUGUUAUAUGCCACAGUGAGGUUCGAUCGGGAAGAACAGAAGGAGUACUCUAUUCCGAUUCUUAUUACGGAUAGUGGGGAACCUCGACCGCUGAGUAAAGUUAGCAUCCUGCACCUGGUGAUCGGUGAUGUGAAUGAUAAUGAAAUGAGGGAUGGUGAGAGUAAAAUCUUUGUGUACAACUACAAAGGCGAAUCACCGAACGCGGAUAUUGGUCGAGUGUACGUGGAUGAUUUGGAUGAUUGGGAUUUACCGGACAAGACGUUUAGAUGGCGCGAUGGAUAUAGUCCGGAGCACUUCGAGCUGAAUACGGACACGGGAAUGAUCACGAUGCUGCAGGGAACCGGAGGCGGUGAUUAUGAGCUGCACUUUAGCGUGACGGAACAAUCUAGCUUCUUCCCAAGACACACUGUGUCGGCUAAGGUGGUAGUAACGGUGAAAGAAAUUCCGGAGGUAGCGGUUGACAAGAGUGGAUCGAUACGGUUCUACGGUAUCUCGGCGGAAGAGUUUGUAUCGAGGAGUCCAUCACUGUCGUUGACUCCGAAAGAUCGGCUGCAAAAUAGUAUAGCGGAAAUGUUCAAUAUUAGUAGCGAUAACGUCGACGUUUUCACGGUUUUGCAGCGCGAUAACAAUGCGUCACUGUUGGAUGUGAGGUUCUCCGCUCACGGUAGUCCGUAUUACGAACCGGAACGAUUGAACGGAAUGAUCGGGUAUCAUCAGAGAACUUUGGAGGAAGAGCUUGGUUUGAAGAUGAUGAUGGUGAGCAUCGAUGAGUGUAUCGAGGAAAAGCUUCGCUGUGAGUUGUCCUGUAAGAAUGUCCUGCACAAAUCAAACGUUCCAAUUGCGGUCUACACGAACACCAGCUCGUUUGUGGGUGUUAAUGCCUUCGUACAGGCAGAAUGUGUAUGCGAUGCUCCACCGGCAACGAUCGAUUGUUUGAAUGGUGGUACUCCGUAUCACGAUAAGUGCGAGUGUCACGAAGGUUACGAAGGUCCACGCUGCGAGGAGAUCGCCAUAGGGUUCUAUGGACAUGGGUAUGCAAUGUAUCCUCCGGUAAGUCCAUGCAACCUCACCCGAAUCAGCUUGGAAUUGGCACCACACCAAGAAGAUGGAUUGGUGAUGUACAUUGGUCCACUGAGUUUCAAUCCGUUGUUACCGAUUCAGGACUUCUUAGCAUUGGAAUUGGUGAAGGGAUUACCGGUGCUUUUGCUGGAUUAUGGUACGGGAACCAUUCGAAUAGAGCACAAGCAUCGAUAUCCGCAGGGUAGACCAUUCACGGUGGAAAUCGUUCUGCAGCCUCAGACGGUAGAGAUGAUCGUUGACAACUGUAAACUGUCGACCUGUAUGAGCUUGGAUGCACCGAAAGGUCCCAACGAAUCGUUGAACGUGAAUGCUCCACUACAACUGGGCGGAGCAGCCGUCAAUCUGGAGUCACUAGGUUCAAUGUUCAACUGGACUUACGUCCCGCAGAGUAAAGGAUUCACUGGCUGUUUGAGGAAUUUAACAAUCAACGAUCGAACGUACAACCUUGGUGCCCCCAGUUUGGCUAAAAACCACGAUCCCGGUUGCCACCGUUCGAUAGCGGUGGCGGUAUCGUUCGGGAUCGAUUCCAAUUUCCUGAUAGCUAUCAUUGUGUGCAUUGCGGUGCUACUGAUACUGCUGCUGGCGGUGGUUGUACACAAAAAGCACCAGGACGGUUGGCACGAGAAGGAUAUGGACGACAUUCGCGAGACAAUCAUCAACUAUGAGGAGGAAGGCGGCGGCGAACGGGAUGCGGAGUACGAUCUGACGGUGCUGCGGGCGCCCCCGAUCUACAUGGAUAAACCGUACGGAAACGAUCUGCGACAGAAGGAAGCCAACGAGGUGCCCGACAUCGGUGCUUUCUUGACCGACAAGAAGGAUGCCUGUGAUAAGGAUGCCGACGCGUACCCGAUCGAUGACGUGCGGCACUACGCGUACGAGGGAGACGGCAACAGUUCCGGAUCACUGUCGAGUUUGGCGUCCUGUACGGACGAAGGUGAUCUCAAAUUUAACUAUUUGUCCAAUUUUGGACCACGCUUCCGCAAGCUGGCCGAUAUGUACGGGGAAGAACCGUCCGAUACGGACUCGAACGUCGAUGAUGACGAAGGUUGGCGGAUCUGAUUCGGUGUGGGUAGAGUUCCGAGUUGGAAACAAUUGUUGCUGGUUGUUCGCGUGAAGUCUAGAAGACUAGUUUGGAAAUUCCAAAAAUUAAAAAAAAUAUACACCGUCGUCGAUCAGUUGUGAAAAUUCACUUAUUUUCUAGUUUUUGCCAAGAGUAAAAGUUCGAAUAAAUUAUAAUGGAUUUUUAUUAUGUCAGACAUAUGGAAAACCAAACAGUCGAAUCAAAGGAACCGCACAAUUUCACCAGAACUGACAGCUUACGUUUCGGAUGACUCAUCCAUCAUUGCGAUGAUUGUCCAAAUUCGGAUUCGAGGGGGAAAAUGUUUGCGGAUGUACCUUAGGAUUAGGAGCUGCGAUGUUUUCAGAACAGAAUUAUGUAUAUUAAAUGAGUCAUUUUCGGCGUGGUUGGUGUGUAAGUAACGACACAAUAAUUUUAGAAUAUUUUAAAGAGCAAAUCAAAACAGUUUACCCCACUUUGUUUCCAGUAGAUUGUUCUACAGUUCUAUUCGAUUAGAAAGUUUAAAUAAAUCUCAACCGUUCAAACAUAAAUACCGUUUCUUCAUGUCACUCUAGUAAAAAGAGUGUCCAUAGAAUUUCUCCCAUCGAAAUAUGACUCAUUCAAUCCGGAUCAAAUUGAUCGAAGACAUCAUAGCUCAAAACACUAAGCUUUAUGUCACACACACACACACAAACACACACCUCGAUCCCUCGGUUAGAUUUUCAUAGUCGGAUCAUUGUGCAUCGUCAUCGGCAGUGGGAAAGUGCGGUCACACGUGAACGGCGGGUGAGAUAUUGGUGCGUGCAAGCUUAACGGUUGUUGUUGGAAGCUCUGGGCUGGUAUCCCUAAACAAAAAAGAAAUGACAUUCCUUUAUUUAGUUGUUAGGCGUUUUCCGAUGAGUCAUUUUCAUUUUAGAAACAUGACUCGUGGAUUUAUAUAUUUCGUAAGCGGUGUAGGGUUAGAAGCUCGAAUUUCGCUUUGGCCAAUACAGCAAAAAAAACAAUAACAACGAUUGGUUUGUGCCGAAGAGCCGGAACAGAGACGGGAUCUGAUUGAUUGAGCAAAGUCUUCCAACUGUCAUUUUUAUAUCAUUUUUUAUUUGAAGUCUUCGAACAGCAUGCCGCUUCGCUGCCGUUUCAAGUAUAACUGUCCCAUAUAUACAGGAAAUCCCUUAGAAUAUGGAACAAUUAAGCGUAGAACGGCAGUUCGGUCCCCGUGGUUCCAAACCAAUUCGCUCCAAGCAUUAGUGUACAGAUUGGAAAUACUUCCGCCAAAGCGCUAUUCGACCAAAAAAAAAAUUGGAAAAAUGUACAUAAAUAUUCAGAUCACUGCCUUUAAGCUCCUUCCUUCUCUACCUUAAAAACCUAAAUCGUACCAACAAAGUAUUGAUGAUGCAUUUUCGAAACGCCACCACUGACUGUCUAGACUGAUAUGUGCUGUAAUGGGAAUGGAAUGGAGAAAAACAUCAACACGCAAAAACCGGUCGGGUGCUUUGUCGCACUAAUAUCUUUCCUGCUUUUGUAGGCCCUCGGGCUGUCCUCCGAAAGUUCGUUCUCCUCUUUAAUGGCCGGCCACAUGGCCGUUGUCAUAUAUUUCAAUCGCCAGGAAACUGGUAUCUCCUAUGUAAAGUGUUUACAAAUACGUACCGGAUUUAAAUCCCCUCAUUCUGCAGGGCCCCCCUCCCCAAAGGGAUAUGGUAGUGACAGAAACAUUAUUUUUACGGAAUAGAAUGGAAACAACAAUUAGUUUUACUCUCAUGAUGGCAAGAAAGAACGUGAUUAGAGUGAUUUGAAACCGAGAUGCCUUAUUCCAAUUAGAAGAAUUCGGAAGCAAACCGAUUUAGUCUUAACAUAAGGAAACGUAAAUCAAACAAUUAUUUUAAACUACAUAGAUUUAGAGUGGAAAAGCAAAUAGAAGACAAACAAAAAGAGAAGAUUUACAAUCAUCUAGUGUCUAGAAUAUUGUAGUUCACGAUUUUAAAUUAGAACAAUACAGUAAAAUGUGUAAUAAUUAGAAAUUAAACCCGUAAAACAGGAUGGUCUUGUUCGAAUUGAUCAAUUUUAGAUGAAACAACACGACUAUGCACUGGAAAUUCCUACCAGUAGUGUCUUAUACAAUAACAAAAAAACACAAA